CUUCUUACUCCUAGCUUCUUCGUUCCUUCUACUCCUCAACAUCCUACCAAAGUGCUGUUUGUGAGAGGAUCAUAUCGGCUGGCCGGAGAUAAUGGCAGGGACGGUGCUGAGCAUGGCGAGGUCCAUGAUGGUGGGCGCCAUUAGUAAGGCCGCAUCCGCUGCCGCCAAUGAGAUGAGCCUCCUCAUGGGUGUGCGCAAGGAUAUCUGGUUCAUCAAAGAUGAGCUGGAGACCAUGCAGGCUUUCCUGGAGGCUGCUGAAGCAAUGAAGGACAAAGACAUGCUACUCAAGGUGUGGGCCAAGCAAGUAAGAGACCUGUCCUACAAUAUUGAAGAUUGCCUUGGUGAAUUCAUGGUGCAUGUGGCAAGUCAAAGCAAGUUGCGGAAGAUGAUGAAGCUCAAAGACCGCCAUCGAAUCGCCAUACAGAUCCGUGAUCUCAAAUCAAGAGUUGAGGAAGUGAGCAGCAGGAACACACGUUACAACUUGAUUGAGAAGAGCCAACUCACUAGAACCAUUGACGAGAGGAAUUCUCGCAUGGAAGAUAUUCGCAAUCAAUCAGGUAGCAACAUAGAUGAAACUGAACUUGUGGGGUUUUCCAAGCCCAAACAAGAGUUGAUAAAUCUUAUAGAUGUCCAUGCCAAAACUGGCCCCGCUAAGGUAGUAUGCGUGGUUGGCAUGGGUGGCUUGGGUAAGACUACUCUUACAAGUAUUGAAAACUUUUCAUGUUGUGCUUGGAUCACUGUCUCGCAGUCAUUUGCCAGGAUGGAGCUUCUCAAAGUUAUGAUCAAAGAACUUUUUGGUGAUGAAGCAUUGAAGAGGCAACUUGAAGGGAAGGUAGUGCGAGCAGAUGAUCUGGUUGACUACCUUAGGAAAAAGCUACAUGACAAAAGGUACUUUGUUGUUCUUGAUGAUGUAUGGAACAUUGAUGAUUGGAUGUGGAUCAGUAGUUCUGUUUUUCCUAGGAAUAACAACAAAGGUAGCCGGAUAAUGGUGACAACACGAGAUGUUGGCUUAGCUGAGGAGUGUGGUUUGGAAUCUUCUAGAUCUCUUAUCUACCACCAUGCACCCCUAGAAACAAAAGAUGCCAUAAACUUGCUACUAAGGAAGGCUAGGAAAUGUAAGGAAGACAUGGAAAAUGAUGAGAACAUGAGAGAAAUAGUUAUGAAGAUAGUUAAAAAGUCUGGACGGUUACCCCUAGCUGUACUCACUCUAGGAGGCUUGCUUGCCACCAAAGUGGUAACUGAGUGGCAGAGUAUUUAUAACCAGAUCCCCUUAGAGCUAGAGAGCAACCGAAGCCUUGAAGCAAUGAGAAGGAUGGUUACCCUGAGUUACAACCAUUUGCCCUCUCAUCUUAAGUCAUGUUUUUUGUAUUUAAGCAUAUUUCCUGAGGAUUAUGAAAUCAAAAGGAGGUGUCUGGUUGAAAGAUGGAUAGCCGAGGGCUUUGUUAUAGCCAUGCAUGGGGUCAGUGUUAUAGAUGUUGGGAAUAGUUACUUUGAUUGCCUGAUAAAUCGAAGCAUGAUCCAAUCAUCAAGUGUGAACAUAGAGGGAACUGUGAAGAGUUGUCGAGUCCAUGAUAUCGUUCGUGAUGUCAUGAUCUCAAUUUCUAGAGAUGAAAGAUUUGCAUGCUCGACAUGGGAUAAUGUGAGUGCAAUAACAGGGGAGAACUUCCGUCAUGUAGCAUAUCAUGGUGGUGAGCACCCAAAUAAAAGCAUGGAUUGGGGGCAUGUCCGGUCAUUAACAAUUUUUGGUGAGAGAUACAUGAAGCCGGCCCAUUCGCUUUUUUUUCCCGACUUCAAGAUGCUUAGGACCUUGGACUUACAUGAUGCCCAUUUUGAACUCACACAAACAGAAUCCAAUGCUUUAGGGUUGUUACAUCAUUUGAAAUAUGUCAAUAUCAUUGGCCAUCCUGGUGAAGGUUUAUAUGUUCACAAGCUCCCAAGGUCCAUAGGUAAACUACAGGGCUUGCAAACUUUGGACAUUCACAAUAGUUAUAUCGCAUCACUACCAACUGAGAUCACAAAACUACAAUGCCUUCGUAGCCUCCGAUUCAGGAAAAGAAAUAUGCGUCAUAUUUUAUGCCUACAUUACCCUAAGAUCUGCUUCAUGUCCGCAUUUUGUAUGCCUUUUGUGUUCAGUCCUUUAGUUAGUCAUGCCGAUCGUAUGAAAUUUAUGAUGGAUUUUCACAUGGUCCGGACUGGCUGUUUGUCCAACUCCAAUGGUGUGAGGGUGCCCAGAGGGAUCAACAACUUGAAGGAGUUAGAGAUACUAGAGUAUGUUGACAUUCAGCGAACUAGUAGGAAAGCAGUUAAAGAGCUUGGGGAGCUAAUAAAGCUAAGAAAGCUGAGUGUUACAGUAGGGGCAAGCAAGCAAAAGAGCAAGAUACUGUGUGAAUCUAUUGAGAAGCUCACUUCCCUCCGCUCUCUUUAUGUGGAAUCUACUCCUUGGGGAAGUGGUAUCAAGUGGUUGCAUUCUAUUUCCUCUGUCCCCCCUCUCUUGAGGUCGUUGACUCUGCAUGGUGAUCUUGGGGAGAUGCCUGACUGGUUUGGGGAUCUAGUGCAUUUGGUGAAGAUUUUCUUAUGGUCAAGCCAUCUAGCAGAAGGAGAUAAAAGUAUGAAAAUACUGGGCGCACUUCCCAAGCUCAUGUCCCUUAAUCUUUGUUAUGGCUCUUAUGCUACAGAAAAACUAGUCUUCAAACAAGAAACAUUCUUAAACCUCAGGUAUCUUAGUUUUUUCUGUGAGUCUCAACCGAGAGAGUUGAUAUUUGAGGAAGGCACCUCGCCCCAGUUGGAAAAGAUAAAAAUCGUACAGGGCAGGUUGGAAUCAGGGGUUACUGGUAUCAAACACCUUCCAAGACUCAAGGAGAUUUGGAUUAGUCACGCUGCUCAAGUUGCGAGGCUUGGUGUGCUGGAAGGUGAGGUUAACGCCCACCCCAACCGUCCUGUGCUGCGACUUUCCUUGGAACGACGCCACCAUGACCUGGAUCAGCACAUCGUCGAAGGAUCCGGUGUACAAGCGGAAGCAACGGUGGAGUCAUCCGUUGCGGCGGGAGAGGACAGCGACAGGUCAGCAUCUCGCAGAUUUGCUUCUCGAUCUAUGUUUUCUCUCUUUUGUUCAAGCAGUAGCAGCUGAGAUGUAUGUUAUUAAUCUCUCUCUGUCAUCUCUUACAGCGAAGAUGAC